AUGGCUCGUAACCUCUUCUCCGUCCCCAUUUUCUUCAUCGUCUUCCGCGAGACCCUCGAGGCCGCCAUCAUCGUCUCCGUCCUCCUUGGCCUCGUUGAGCAGAUUGUGCACGAGGACCCUGUCGCCCUCGGUGCUGCUCCAACUCGUCCUGCGCUUUCUCCACGUUACACCGACGACAACAAAGAGAAUUCCCCCGAUGCAUCUAGCGCCUCCGGCUUCCCAGAUGUCACCGCCUCCGAGCUCCCUCGCGAUGACGACGGUGAGCUCGAGGGCGAGAGCACCGGGGAGGAGGACGCGCACGCACCCGCACGCCUCGUGCGCAAGUUGCGCGUCCAGAUUUUCCUCGGCUCGGCCCUCGGGCUGUUCGUCGCCCUCGCUGUCGGUGCCGCUUUCAUCGCUGUCUGGUUCACCCAGGCAGCUGACCUUUGGGCCAAGUCCGGGGAGCUUUGGGAGGGUAUCUUCGAGGUCAUCGCGUCGCUCCUGAUCUUCGUCAUGGGCGUUACCAUGCUCAAGAUGGAUCGCGCAAAGGCUAAAUGGCGCGUCAAGCUCCAGCGCGCGUUUUCUGGCAAGCAGGUUGACCGCGAGACGCGCGCAGGCAAGUGGGUCCUGUUUAUCCUCCCAUUUAUAACGGUUCUCCGAGAGGGCAUGGAAGCGGUGAUUUUUGUGGGCGGCGUCUCGCUUGGACAACCUGCGGUAUCUAUUCCUAUCGCAGCUGUUGUCGGGUUGGUCUGCGGGCUAGUUUGCGGCUACCUGAUAUACGCUUUCGCGAGUCGGACAACACUCACGGUGUUCAUGGCCGUGAUGACGAACUUCAUCUUGCUCAUCGGUGCUGGUCUGUUCAGCAAAGCUGUGUGGGCAUUCGAGCAGCAGCGCUUUAACAAUAUUGUCGGUGUGGACGUCGACGACACGCGGGGCGACGGCCCAGGCUCAUUCAAUGUGCUUGGGAUGGUGUGGCACCUCAACUGCUGCAACCCGGAGAACAACUUUGACAGCGACGGGUGGACGAUCUUCAGCGCAAUCUUUGGGUGGACGAACACCGCGACGGUGGGAUCUGUCGUGAGCUAUAUAGCAUACUGGGUUGUGGUGAUGGCUGUGCUCGUGUACCUCAAGUUCAAGGAGGGCCGGACAACGCUUUUCGGGAUGGAGAGCGCGGCCGGCAUACGGAGGCGUGAGCACCGCGAGCGCGAGGAGAGGAAGAAGCAUGCUGAAAUAGAAGAGCGCGAGCGCGAGCAGGCAGUGUCGGUGGAGGAGAAGUCGCGCCCUGCGACGCCCGAGGUCGCUUAA